UUAUAAUGUGUCGUAUGAAAUGUGUAUGUAUGCGUAUUCCUGAGACAUAUAAUGUUUUAAAAUCAGCUGACAUUACCCGACCUAGAUCGAAUCAAGUUAUUAUGUCGGCUAGUAAGCUAGCAAGCUAGCUAGUUUUGCUAUAAAAAACACUAACUUGAUACUGAACUUAUAUGUCGCCCGCAGAAAGAAGAAAUGGUCCGUGGAUCCAAGAAACACCACCUGGAGCAAGGAUGAGUCCAAAUUUGGCCAUAAGAUGCUGGAGCGAAUGGGCUGGUCCAAAGGCAAGGGACUGGGGAAAACAGAGCAGGGAUCCACAGAGCACAUUAAGGUGAAGCUUAAAAGCAACACUCUUGGCCUGGGCACUUCUACCAGCAAUGAGGAUAACUGGAUUGCACAUCAGGAUGAUUUCAAUCAGCUUCUGGCAGAUCUCAACAACUGUCAUGGCCAGAACACCACCAACGAGCCCGCACAGGAGGAGAAACAGGAGAGCUUCAGCCUGGAGGAGAAGUCCAAGUCUUGUAGAAAGAGGGUACAUUACAUGAAGUUCACUAAAGGAAAGGACUUGUCCAGUCGCAGUGAAACUGACCUGGCAUGCAUCUUUGGGAAGAGGUCAAAGCUAUCAAAAAACCAAGAUGAGGACAGCAGUGACUCUCCGGAGGAGUUGGGGAAAGAGGCUACAGUAACUGAGGUGACCAGCAAACCCGAGGAACCAGAGUCCAACACCGUCACUAGCACGCUGAGCAUGCAGGAGUACUUCGCCCAGCGCAUGGCUCAACUGAAGAGGUCUCGUGCAGGAGUGGACCAGUCCAGCACACACACACCCACGCCCUCGGCCUCCGAGACUCCAUUUGACAGCCCCAACAUCAGCGACGCAGAGCAGCCGUCUAUGAAGAAGAAAAAGAAGAAGAGGAGGAAAAACGAAAACGAUGAACAGAAAAGAGGCGAUGAAGACAUAGAAGCUGUGGAAAGUGUCCCGGAGGCUGUCGUGGCAGAAGAAACUGCCGAGCAAGACCAGACUUCCUAUGAGAGGAAGAAGAAGAAGAAAAAGAAACACAAGACCGAAAAGGAGGAAGAGGAGUUGGCCACACCUGUACCUGUGCAGGUGAACUGUGAUGUGGCUGAGAGCAUCUCAACAGAGAAGAAGAAAAAAGAAGAAAAGUCACAAGCAGGAAGUACAUGCAGAGGUUGUAGAGGCAGACCAGGUGAAAGGCCAGGAUAGUGUAGAGACCAAAGCAGAGGACACUCAGAAAACUAAAACUAAGAAAAAGAAAAGAAAAAGAGAGGAGAUGGUGGAAGUGGAGGAGAGGAGGAAGGGAGGAAGUGGUCGUAGUUGAAGAGAAAAAGUCCAAAAAGAACUCAAAAGAACUUGUCUAGGGAUGCUGUAAAGAAGUGCAGUUAUAUCUUCAUUGACAUUCAAGUAAAUGUAGUUUCUCUACCUUGUAUCAGAAAAACCUUGAGGCCUUGGAGAUAGGGUUGCGAUGAAUUCAUGAAUUUACUUGCAUUGCAUGAAUGAAUGAAUUUGACUGUAUAAUUGACAGUUUUAUACCAGGGUUUAUCCCACUGUAUUUCUCAUAUUGUAAUGCUCCUUUAUUUAUGACCUAUUUGUGACUCAUCACAAUACAAAAGGACAGGUCAGGAUUCCACCAUUAUUUAAACCUCUUAAUGUGGUUUUCAGUCUGACAUAGUUGUAAUUAUUACAGCUGUCUUUGUAAAUUACUCAAGUUUAAAGACAUGAUUACAUGAUUACUGCACUAUAGCCUGCCUGUAUGGUUGAAUUUUUAGCUUGACUUAAUAAAGAUUUCAGUGGUCGACAGAG